CACACACACACACACACACACACACACACACACACACACACACACACACAGAGACAGCAAAGCUUGCAGAUCAUCCAAUCAACUUCUCACACGGCCUCAUACAGAUCUACACGGACACCGAGCACCAGAAAAUAGAGAUUACAUUUAUUUUCAAACACCAGGGAUACCAUGGUUCGAACAUUGAACAAUAUGGCGGAGCUGAGAGGUUCUAGGUUUGGUCGUCCCUGGCCGAGGCACGGACUCAAGCUCCUUUUCUGGUUCGCCAACGAUUACAUUGUCUUUGACGAUGACAACCAGAUGUUUGCAAAUUACGACCCCAACAACGGAGACUUUGGUUUCCAUCACUUCCGGAACAGACUUGAGUGUGAAAACGCCGUCUGCAAGAGGCUGCUUCCUGAUGAGGGCUACCCGUUCUAUGAGGUGGGCAACCUCCACCUUAUAGCAUCUCAUUCCAUGCCUAAUUAUGUCAGGAAGUACAACACUGGUGACAUAGAUACCAGCAACAUGGACCGCCUCAUCAUCAGUAUGCGUCCAGACAGGACAGUGGAUAAGGUCUAUGUGACCCAGCACGAGGACCUGAGGAGCUUCGACCCGGUCAACACCUAUUGCAUCAGCAGGGGGUUGCUCAUGAUCAUAUGCGGCCAUUCAUUCGCUGACAUGUCAUUUAGGAACUUCCUGGAACAGGCGGGCUAUUCCACCCACGAGCCAAUGAGAUUUAUCGAUCAGAGUUCUAGUUCCGCCCAAAUCGAAUUCCCAAGCCUCGCCCCCAGGGAGUCUAGGGAUACCAGAAUGAAUAUGGAAGUUGGACCCAGAGCUCCGCCCAGAGCUGCACCGGGCUUCUGGGAAAACUGCUGUACCAUACUGUUUAUUUUAAUUGUUUUUAUUGUUUUAUUUUACCUUUAUUUAAUUAACAGGUAAGCCAGUUGAGAACAAGUUCUCAUUUACAUCACCCGGGUGGCGCAGUGGUCUAGGGCACUGCAUCGCAGUGCUAGCUGCGCCACCAGAGUCUCUGGGUUCGCGCCCAGGCUCUGUUGCAGCCGGCCGCAACCGGGAGAUCCGUGGGGCGACGCACAAUUGGCAUAGCGUCAUCCGGGUUAGGGAGGGUUUGGCAGGUAGGGAGGGUUUGGCCGGUAGGGAUAUCCUUGUCUCAGUAUGUAAAACAAAUGUAAUAAAAUGUAUGCACUCUACUGUAAGUCGCUCUGGAUAAGAGCGUCUGCUAAAUGACUAAAAUGUAAAUGUAAAUGUACAACUGCGACCUGGCCAAGAUAUGCAAAGCAGUGCGACACAAACAACAACACAGAGUUACACAUGGAAUUUAACAAAUGUACAGUCAACAACACAAUAGAAAAAAAAUAUAUACAGUGUGUGCAAAUGUAGUAAGGAGGUAACACAAUAAAUAGGCCAUAGUAGCAAAGUAAUAACAAUUUAGCAAAUUAACACUGGAGUGAUAGAUGUGCAGAUGAUGAUGUGCAAGUAGAAAUACUGGUGUGCAAAAAGUAAAUAAAAACAAUAUGGGGAUGAGGUAGUUGGAUGGGCUAUUUACAGAUGGGUUGUGUACAGCUGCAGCGAUCGGUAAGCUGCUCAGAUAGCUGAUGCUUAAAGUUAGUGAGGGAGAUAUAAGUCUCCAACUUCAGCAAUUUUUGCAAUUCGUUCCAGUCAUUAGCAGCAGAGAACUGGAAGGAAAGGUGGCCAAAGGAGGUGUUGGCUUUGGUGAUGACCAGUGAAAUAUACCUGCUGGAGCGCGUGCUAUGGGUGGGUGUUGCUAUGGUGACCAGUGAGCUGAGAUAAGGCGGAGCUUUACCUAGCAAAGACUUAUAGAAGACCUGGAGCCAGUGUGUCUGGCGACGAAUAUGUAGCGAGGGCCAGCCGACGAGAGCAUACAGGUCGCAGUGGUGGGUGGUAUAAGUUGAUUUGGUAACAAAACGGAUGGCACCGUGAUAGACUGCAUCCAGUUUGCUGAGUAGAGUGUUGGAGGCUAUUUUGUAAAUGACAUCGCCGAAGUCAAGGAUCGGUAGAUGGCAGCUGUAGGUCCUUUAGUCCUGGUCCUUGGGAUCCUGAAGGGGUGCACUUUUUAGUUAAUUAUAUU